AUGUCUAAUGUUGAAGUCCUAUUUAUGCCAAGGUUAGUCGAAGGUAGGGGUGCCAAGAAUAAUGCACCUUUGAGAUUAAAUGUUUUCCGUGACUGUUGUGAAAAUUUGCGACCAGCAUUCCAUCAUUUCUUGCUUGAAAAUUAUUUAUCGCCCGAGACGUGGUUUGAACGCCGAUUGGCUUACACACGAAGCGUGGCAACAACAUCGAUAAUUGGAUACAUUCUUGGUCUUGGAGAUAGGCACGUUUCAAAUAUUUUGAUUGAUAAAACAACAGCGGAAGUUAUUCAUAUAGAUUUUGGUAUAGCAUUUGAACAAGGUAAAGUUUUACCAACACCAGAAACAGUUCCAUUUAGACUGACAAGAGAUAUCGAAGUGGCCAUGGGAGUUUCAGGAAUAGAAGGAACAAUGAGACGGUGUUGUGAAGAAACUAUGUCUGUUUUACGAAAACAAAGAGAAAUUAUUGUGACUUUAUUAAGGGUUUUAUUGUACGAUCCACUUUAUUCGUGGGCUAUCACCCCAGCCAAAGCUGCCACAUAUCAAAGCGAAAAUUCUUCUAGACUGAGUGAAAGCAGUAGUCCAGAAACUUUAUUAAAGCAGACAGAUUUAGACGAAGAGACUGAAAAUCGCAUUCUUUAUCACGAAGCACGUCUGGCUUGGGUGAGAGGGGAUGAAGAUUUGGCUCGUUUUAAUCUCCGUUCUCUAAUAAAUAAAGAUGAAAAUUCAAUAAACUCAAAUUUGCUUGCUCACGCUUUACGCGUCUACGGUAAUUGGAUAGCUGAGAAUAAGUCUGAAAAUCCUCAGGUCAUCAUUUCUAAAUACNUCUACAACUAA